UAUUAUCUAUGGUUUACUGAAUGCGAAAGCGUAAUAAGUCUUAAUAAAAAAAUAAUUUAAAGUUAUUUUUUUUUUUUUAAAUAUAUGCGGUUUUUCUUACAGUUAUACCUAUGAUGGGGAUUAACGAUUUUAAAAUAACUUUAGCUACAAAUGGAAGAGGAGUGUAUUAUAGUGGAGAAACACUUACUGGGGAAGUGGCACUAAGUCUCGACGCCCCGAAAAGUGUUAACUUGGUGUACGUCACAGUCAGAGGUGCUGCGUAUGUUUCUUGGCGUGAAUCUCGUAAAUCAGGAAAGAAGAGGCGCACUGUCCACUACUCAGCUGAAGAAAUUUUCUUUGACUGCCAAAUCACCUUGUUUGGAAAUGGCACCACCAGCAUAGAAAUACCAGCGGGAGAACAGGAGUUCCCAUUCAGGUUCAUGCUCCCUGAGAACCUGCCUCCGAGCUUUGAAGGUCUGUACGGAUCCAUACGUUACACCAUCAAGGCAACGCUGGACCGGCCAUGGAGGUUCAACCAAGACACAAAGCUAGCUUUCAGUGUGAUUUCACACGUGGACCUCAACAUGAUGCCGUCAUUGAAGAAUUCCCUAAACCAUUCUAACUCCAAGAACGUGUGCUGCUUGUGUUGUGCGACCGGACCGUUGACGGUGAACGCCAGCAUUCCGUUCUGCGGUGUCGUGCCCGGGCAGGAGCUGGCCGUCUCCGUGGAUGUCGAGAACUCCUCCAACGUAGCCGUCACGCUGGUGAAGUGUAUCCUGGUGCAGCAAGCAACUUUCAUUGCCAACUUCCCGCACUCGAAGCAUCGCAAGGCGGAGCGCAAGAUGUUGGCAGUGGAGCUUGGCGCGCUGGCCAAGAACUCUGCCAACAAUUGGGAGCGAGUGUUGACAGUGCCUUCCUGCGCCCCCUCCCUGCAGAGGAACUGCAACAUCAUCAAGCUGGAUUACUUCCUGAAGGUGAAGGCUAGAACUGCUGGCUGCCAUUCGAACCUGGUGGUGCAUCUCCCACUGACUGUGGGAACGAUACCGCUGGGGACCCAGAGUACCAAGGCAGGCCACAGGGACCACCCAGGGAGAGGAUCCACCAGCCAGGCAACCAACAGCAGGCUCCACGACAGGGACAGCAAGGUAAUGCCCAGGGCCAGGACAGGGUACCCAGGUGGAGACGAGAGCAACAGCAAGAAGGGAGGGCACCAGAGGGGCAGCGACAACCACCGCAACAGGAACGACGAGACAAUGGAAAUUUAA